ACGUCGUCGUCUUCCUCCAAUCUCGAGUCUUAUUACGCUAAUCUCAUUUUGAGCUCUCACGGAGAUAAUCAACCUAAUCGGAAGUGGUCUUCUCAUCAGUUUCGUCUUCUCUUGACUGAUCAAGAUUUGUUUAUUAGAGUCCUCAAUAUGAUUCGGGUCAAGCCCGAAAUCGCGUUUCGGUUUUUCAAUUGGAUACAGAGGCAGAGCGAUGUGAAGCAGUCACGGCAAGCUUUUGCUGCGAUGUUGGAGAUUUUAGCUGAGAAUGAUUUGAUGAGUGAAGCUUAUUUGGUUGCUGAGAGGAGUAUUGAUCUUGGUAUGCACGAAAUUGAUGAUCUUUUGAUUGAUGGGAACUUUGAUAAGUUGGUUGCUCUCAAGCUUUUAGAUCUGUUGUUGUGGGUUUACACUAAGAAAUCUAUGGCGGAGAAGUGUUUGUUGAGUUUUGAGAAGAUGAUUAGGAAAGGGUUUUUACCUAGUGUUAGAAAUUGUAACAUAGUUUUGAGGGUUCUUAGGGAUUCAAGGAUGAUGAAUAAGGCUUCAGAGGUGUAUGAGACGAUGGUUGAGCAUGGUAUUAUGCCAACGGUUAUCACGUUUAAUACUAUGUUGGAUUCUUGUUUCAAGGCUGGCGAUUUGGAGCGAGUUGACAAGAUUUGGUUAGAGAUGAAGAGAAGAAAUAUUGAAUUUAGUGAAGUGACUUACAAUAUACUGAUCAAUGGGUUUUCCAAGAAUGGUAAAAUGGAGGAAGCUAGGCGGUUUCAUGGAGAUAUGCAAAGAUCUGGGUUCCCUGUUACACCAUACUCGUUUAAUCCGUUGAUUGAAGGGUAUUGCAAGCAAGGCUUGUUUGAUGAAGCUUGGGGAGUUACAGACGAGAUGCUCAAUGCGGGUAUUUAUCCAACCACAUCCACGUAUAAUAUUUAUAUACGUGCUCUCUGCGAGUUUGGAAGAAUAGAUGAUGCCAGAGAGCUGUUAUCUAGUAUGGCAGCUCCUGAUGUUGUGUCUUAUAACACUCUGAUGCAUGGAUACAUCAAGAUGCGGAAGUUUGUAGAGGCUUCUCUCUUGUUUGAUGACUUGAAAGCUGGGAAUAUCAAUCCCAGUAUUGUCACUUAUAAUACUCUAAUAGAUGGUCUUUGUGAGUCAGGGAACUUGGAAGGUGCUCAGCGGUUAAAAGAAGAGAUGACCAGCCAACUGAUAUUUCCUGAUGUGAUUACGUACACGACUCUUAUUAAAGGAUUUGUUAAGAAUGGGAAUCUUUCCAUGGCUACUGAAAUUUAUGAUGAGAUGCUGAGGAAAGGAAUUAAACCUGAUGGAUAUGCAUACACUACAAGGACUGUGGGUGAAUUGCGGCUUGGAGAUUCAGAAAAAGCAUUUCGUCUGCACGAAGAGAUGGUGGCAGAGGAUCAUCAUGCUCCAGAUCUGACCAUCUAUAACGUUCGUAUAGAUGGACUCUGCAAGGUUGGGAAUCUGGAAAAAGCAAUUGAGUUUCAGCGUAAGAUUUUUAGAGUUGGUCUUGUCCCAGAUCAUGUUACUUACACCACGGUUAUUCGCGGUUAUUUGGAGAAGGGCCGGUUUAAGAUGGCCAGAGACUUGUAUGAUGAAAUGCUGAGUAAAAGGUUAUCUCCUUCUGUGAUUACCUACUUUGUGUUGAUUCAUGGUCAUGCGAAAGCAGGAAGGCUAGAACAAGCCUUUCAGUAUUCCACCGAGAUGAAAAAGAGAGGCGUUCGUCCAAAUGUCAUGACGCACAAUGCUCUUUUACAUGGCAUGUGCAAAGCUGGUAAUAUAGAUGAAGCUUACAGAUACUUGUGCAAGAUGGAAGAAGAGGGGAUUUCACCAAAUAAAUAUAGCUACACUAUUCUUAUAAGCAAGAACUGUGAUCUCGAUAAAUGGGAAGAGGUUGUUAAAUUGUAUAAAGAGAUGCUAGAUAAAGAGAUUGAGCCAGAUGGUUACACACAUAGAGCCUUGUUCAAACAUUUGGAGAAAGACCACGAGUCACGAGAGGUUGAGUUCCUCGAAAAGCUAUUACUCAGUUGACAAGGAAGCAAAGUUGGUGACUUGGAAUGAUCAUAUUUUUUUCUUGGAGCUGGCCGGUUCCGUCCCUGAGUGCAUAUGGUCAAAAAUUUUAUGACUACUAUGCACAAUCUAGUUGAUGGCUCAGCUUGAUUGGUAUGUAGAAACUCUUCUCUCAGCUUUCGCAAAGGCUUCUGCAUUAUCUGUGACUGUAGAUUGUAAUGCAUCUAUAGCUAUACUUCUUCUGCCAGGGGAUAACAUACUCUGAGCUAUGGCCAGACUCGAUCCAAUGUUGUUGAAAGCUCAUUGCUUUAAGCUUAUAACUCAUUCUUACACAACAGCAGAGGCAAAGAGAAUAGGAAUAAAGAUGACCAACACAU